GAUAGCGCAGAGCGCCUGCGCGAAGGGGCACGCAUGCGCACACGGGAGGGCCCGCUGACAGAUUCUGGGUGGCAGCGGCGGCGGCGGCGGCCCUGGACUGCGGGGAAUGGGAGUCCUAGGGCCCUGACUGAGCACCGCCCCCGCCUCCCUGCCCCCGACAUGGCUCAGGAGAAGAUGGAGCUGGACCUAGAGCUGCCUCCGGGUACGGGCGGGAGCCCGGCGGAGGGCGGCGGCAGUGGCGGCGGCGGGGGCCUUAGGAGGUCUAACAGCGCCCCCCUGAUCCACGGCCUCAGUGACACUUCGCCGGUGUUCCAGGCCGAGGCGCCGAGCGCCAGGCGGAACAGCACGACGUUCCCGAGCCGCCACGGCCUGCUGCUGCCGGCCUCCCCCGUCCGCAUGCACAGCAGCCGCUUGCACCAAAUCAAACAGGAGGAGGGCAUGGACUUGAUCAACCGAGAGACGGUCCACGAGCGCGAGGUGCAGACCGCAAUGCAGAUCAGCCACUCCUGGGAGGAAAGUUUCAGCCUGAGUGACAACGACGUGGAGAAAUCCGCCUCCCCGAAGCGCAUCGAUUUCAUUCCGGUGUCCCCAGCACCGUCACCCACCCGGGGGAUUGGGAAGCAGUGUUUCUCACCAUCCUUGCAAAGUUUUGUGAGUAGCAACGGAUUGCCUCCGAGCCCUAUCCCCAGCCCAACGACCCGAUUUACUACCCGGAGAAGCCAGAGUCCCAUCAACUGCAUUAGACCAAGUGUUCUUGGACCAUUGAAAAGAAAAUGUGAAAUGGAAACUGAGUAUCAGCCAAAGAGAUUUUUCCAGGGCAUCACCAACAUGCUUUCUUCCGACGUUGCACAGCUGUCAGAUCCCGGGGUGUGUGUGUCUUCGGAUACCCUUGACGGAAACAGCAGCAGUGCGGGAUCUUCCUGCAACUCACCAGCGAAAGCCAGCACUGCCGCCGACUCUCCCGUGUCACCUGCCCAGGCAGCCUCGCCGUUCAUCCCUGUAGAUGAGCUUGCAUCUAAGUGAUCCGCUCGUCCUGAGACUUUGUGGGCUUUUUUUUGCAAUGGAGAGAGAGGAGAGAGAGAAAUCAAGUUGGAGCAAGCACUGAACUCUGUCGAUUAAUUUGAGGCUAUUUCCUAUUUGACCCUUUUCCUCUUUUGGGAUUUCCUGAAAUGUUGUUAUUCUAGAGACCUCUCAUGUCAGGUUCCUGCGGAUGCCCUUGAAUUCAGUGUAGUAAUAUUUUUGGACUUUUUCCCCUAAGUGUGUUGAAGCAUACAUCUUUACGCUGCUAAUAUGUCUAAAUACAUAUGUUAUCCCUUGAUUUUUUUAAAUAAUUGAGAGCUCUAUUUAUUUAUGGGAUUAUUAAGUUCUGAUGAAAAUAUAAAUGUUGAACUAAUCAGCAUAGUAAACUGAUGUUUUAAAAAUUCCAUAAUUCAUGCACACACUAAUUUUAAUGUUAUUUUUCAGUGAUUGCUAAUUUCCAUUUGAUAAAGAACGAUAACUUACCUAUUUACAGCUUUUAAAAAAAUGUUAGUUUUAAAAUGAAUGCAGUGGUUGUCUCUUUUACCCAGGAAUCCUUAGUGGGUUUUCCUGGAUACAGAAAUGGAUGGGAGGAGGACUGAUAAAAGAACACCUCAGAAAAGUUUGCAACAAGUCUUAAAAUUAUAUCCAAGUAAAACAUUGAAGAAAAAUGUUUUCUAGUGACAUUUUAAUAGUAAUUCUGGUAGGUUGUGCAAAUAUAGCUAGUAUUCAGAAUUUUUUUUUUUUAACCAGAAAGUACAUUCUCUUGGGUGUAAUCCUAAAGUAAAAUGGGACGGUGCCUUGCAGUUGUAUCCUGCUGUAGAAUAGGCUGAGGCUGAGUUCUUUUUCAAAUGUAGAAAAUGUGGAAAGUCUGGUUGAAAUUCAGAGCCUCCAGGCAGACAGCCCUCCGUCAAUUCGUUGAUGUGCUUUGAAAUACCCAUUGUGCCUCGGGUUGAAAACUCUUGCCAGUGAGUAGGCGGAGCAAGUUUUUUGCUGCUUGUGUACCCUGUGUAUCUGUCCCAUCCCUGGUUUCCCCUUGGUUGGGAAGAGUGGCUGUUUCCUUGUCAACAGGUCCUUCCUCCCAGCCUUCCACCAAACUGGGGCACCAUGGGAUAGGCAAAGGUACGGUGUGAAUCAGGUUUCUGACAGCAACAAACGGAACUGUGAAUUGGUUAAAGCUGGGGCUGGAGUCAACUGUCUUGGAGAUGUCAGUUAACCAAGAGUCGAUGAUUUGUGAGAGAAGAUCAGUGGAGUGUCACAGAUAAAUCAUUGUUUAACUUAGGUUUUGUUAAAGAUAGAAUUAUGGAAUGAUGGGUGUUUUUUUGUUUCAUUUUGGUUUUACCUUUUACAAUGAAAAUACGAAUCACAAUUUUUUUAUAUUGUACUUCCUUUAAUACCUCAUAUAUUAACUAGAUAGAUAGAUAAAGAUACACAGACAAAAAGAGUGCAGCAGGAGAUUCCGUAGAUCAAGGCGAAAGCCCCAACUUAACGUUUUAAAGUUACUGCCUCCGAAGACUUUAACAACUAUGUGGAAUUUUUACUACUGUGAGAAUAAAUGGAACUGGUCAACUCUU